AUGACUUCCACCUCAGUUUUCGUUUCUGGUGCAAAUGGUUUCAUUGCCCAACAUGUUGUCAAGGAAUUACUCUCUAAGGGAUAUACCGUUAUUGGUUCAGUCAGAUCAGAAGCGAAAGGUGAAGAAUUAAAGUCUUUGGUCAAGAAUGAUAAUUUCUCUUAUGAAAUUGUUGCUUCACUUACUGAAGAAGGUGCUUUUGAUGAGGUUCUCAAGAAACAUCCUGAAGUUACUGUUUUUUUACAUACAGCUUCCCCAUUCUCAUUCUCAGUUGAAGAUGUUGAAAAAGAUUUAAUGAAACCUGCUAUUAAUGGUACUCUUAAUGCCCUUAAUGCUAUUAAGAAGUAUGGUCCUCAAAUUAAGAAAGUGGUGAUUACUGCUUCAGCUGUUGCAAAUUUCGGUUUUGGUCCUCAUUUUGAUGCUGAAAAAGUCUACAAUGAAGAUGACUGGAACCCAAUUACAUAUAAAGAAAGCUUGGAAAACUCUUUCUUUGGAUACUUUGGUUCGAAGAAAUAUGCUGAGUUGGCUGUACACGAUUUCAUGGCUAAGGAGACUGUCAAUUUUGAUAUUUCUUUCAUCAAUCCACCUUAUGUUUUUGGUCCUCAAGCUUAUGUUGUUAAGGAUAAAGCUAAUUUGAAUCUUUCUAACGAGGUCAUCAACCGUGUUGUUAAGUUAAGUAAAGAUGAUACCAUUCCUGCUGAAGGUAGUGUGUUCGUUGAUGUUCGAGAUGUAGCUCGUGCUCAUUUAGUUGCUUUUGAAAAUGAUGAAACGGUCAACAAAAGAUUGCUAACUAUUGCUGGUAGAUAUACUCUUGAUACUAUUGCCAAUAUCAUUAACAGAUAUUUCCCCAGUACUACAGUUCCCAAAGGAGAUGAAUCAAGAAAUGACGAAAUUUACAAGAAUGUUCACAAGUAUGACAAUUCAAGAACUAAUAAGCUUCUUGGAUUUGAAUAUACAUCUCUUGCGGACACCAUAUUCGAUACUGUUGAACAAAUUUAUAAUGCUUAG